UCACUUGUGCUUUAUAAGAAUCCCCCACGCUAGCCUUUCAUUUCACUCUUAAGCUUUCCCUCCAAUUUUCCAUCAUUUUCCCGAGAAAAGAAACAACGGGUGAAAAAAAAUGAGGGAAAUUCUCCACAUCCAGGGAGGUCAAUGCGGCAACCAAAUAGGAGCCAAGUUCUGGGAAGUAGUCUGUGCCGAACAUGGGAUCGACUCAACGGGUCGGUACCACGGCGACACUGAUCUCCAGCUGGAGCGGGUCAAUGUAUACUACAACGAAGCGAGCUGCGGCCGGUUUGUGCCUCGGGCCGUUCUGAUGGAUCUCGAGCCGGGUACAAUGGACAGCGUUAGAUCCGGUCCUUACGGACAGAUAUUUAGACCCGAUAACUUCGUCUUCGGGCAAUCUGGUGCAGGUAAUAACUGGGCCAAGGGGCACUAUACAGAGGGAGCUGAGUUAAUUGACUCCGUUCUUGAUGUUGUGAGGAAGGAGGCUGAGAAUUGUGACUGCUUGCAAGGGUUUCAGGUAUGCCACUCCUUGGGAGGCGGUACCGGGUCUGGAAUGGGCACACUAUUGAUCUCGAAGAUAAGGGAAGAAUAUCCUGAUCGCAUGAUGCUUACAUUCUCUGUUUUCCCAUCUCCGAAGGUAUCUGACACUGUUGUUGAGCCCUACAAUGCGACUCUCUCUGUUCAUCAGCUUGUGGAGAACGCAGAUGAGUGUAUGGUUCUCGACAAUGAGGCUCUCUAUGAUAUCUGCUUCCGUACUCUGAAGCUCACCACACCCAGUUUUGGGGAUUUGAACCACCUAAUUUCGGCCACCAUGAGUGGUGUUACAUGCUGUCUCCGUUUCCCUGGUCAGCUCAACUCAGACCUUCGCAAGCUUGCUGUGAACCUCAUCCCAUUCCCUCGGCUUCACUUUUUCAUGGUUGGUUUCGCACCUCUCACGUCCCGCGGUUCCCAACAAUAUCAUGCCCUAACUGUACCAGAACUCACCCAACAAAUGUGGGAUGCCAAGAAUAUGAUGUGCGCUGCUGAUCCUCGCCAUGGUAGAUAUCUUACAGCAUCAGCAGUGUUCCGUGGCAAAAUGAGCACAAAAGAAGUCGAUGAGCAGAUGAUCAAUGUGCAGAACAAGAACUCGUCUUACUUUGUUGAAUGGAUUCCCAACAAUGUCAAAUCCACUGUUUGUGACAUCCCUCCAACGGGCUUAAAGAUGGCCUCCACAUUUAUUGGCAACUCGACAUCAAUUCAGGAGAUGUUUAGAAGGGUCAGUGAGCAGUUCACUGCCAUGUUUCGUAGAAAAGCUUUCUUGCAUUGGUAUACCGGGGAAGGUAUGGACGAGAUGGAGUUCACAGAGGCAGAGAGUAACAUGAAUGAUUUGGUGUCAGAGUAUCAGCAAUACCAGGAUGCAACUGCAGAUGAGGAAGGAGAUGAGUACGAGGAUGAAGAAGAAUAUCAGGAAGAGGCCUAGAUGCACCUGGUUUGCUUAUAGGCACAGGUCAUGGGGUUUCCAUCUGUUAUACAUGUUAUCGUUCUGCUUUGGAGUCUACUUUUUCAGAUUUUAUUUUCAUGCAAAGUUGGUUGCCUGUUUCCAUAAUUCACAAAAAUACUGGUUCACCUGUUUUUCUCUUAGAUCUCCAGUUCUCCACUUCCGCCAACCAAAAAGGGGGAAAAGGGAUUGCUAUCGUCUCACAAGUGAUCUUUUGGUGGAGAAUGUCUCUUUCCUUUAUACUUCUUCCAGAAUUCUUCUUUUGUUAUAAAAUAUGUUCUAUUCUCGGUUUUGUCUUCUA